AUGACUGCCAUGGAAUACUACAACCCCAGUGCGGGUAGUCAACCUAGCUUAACCCAACAACCCUAUCCUCCUCAACACUCUCAAUAUCAGUUCCAGCGGCCCUCGAAUCAAAUAAGCCAACCGUUCCAGUCGAAUAAUCAACCGCCGCCACCAGCAUACUCGGAAUACAAUCAGCAGCCCGGCUACCAACAUCAACAGUUCCCGCAGCAAACUUCCCAUAGCCAAUACCCUCAACAUGCACCACCUCAGAUAUCUGUGCCUCCGUACCCAGAGUUGGACACCAUGAAGCCACAGUACUUUCCGCCCCCCCCGAAACAAUCUUCUCAGUCCGACCACCUAGGUGCACCACUUCAGCACCAUCGCAGUCACUCUCAACCCCCGCGGGUUCAACGAGUCCGGUUUGAGGACGAAUUGUACGACUCUGAUUCCUCCGACGGACGCUCGAUUCCAUCGGACAGCGACCACUCAACCAGGCAUCGCCGACGGCGCAAGAAUCGUGACUCUCACUCUCGCUCAUACGACCGAUCCAGAAGCCGGUCAUCGAGCCUUGAUCGCGACCGUGACCACCACCAUUCUCGACACCACAAAUCGCGAUCAGAGCGUAGAGAGAAAGACCGCAACACCUUUCUGGGAGCCGGCGUCGGUGGUCUAAUUGGCGACGCUAUUGUGCCGGGGCUAGGGACAGCAGCAGGCUUGCUACUCGGUGGAUAUGGCGCAAGGCAACAUACAAAGAAGAGAAGGAGCCGGAGCGAUGCAGGUGAUGAGCGCUAUUACCCUCAUAGAGGACGAGCUGAGGGCGAAGGCGGUUGGGACAAGGACUCAGCUACAUUCAGGAUGGGACAUGCUGUGAGAUAG